GAUCCAUCUCCCUUCAAACACUCUACUAUACAUUGUUUUCCCAGCUAGCCGCUGUUCACCCCGAAAACUGCUGUAGUUAUGAGUACGACUCGGCGCGUAAACCACUUCUUCAAGCGGAUUCUCAAGGGUCGUCAGGAGCGCACCAAAGAUGGAAAAAGUGCAGCGCAUUCGUCCGACCUUACUGAAACGUUGUGCGCCAAUUGUUCAGACAUCGAUCUCUUUGCGAUCUUGAAGGGCGACCACAAAGGCAUACCACUGGAAUCUGGAUAUGAAGUAUGGAUCACACGGAGCUCUGACCCUACUACCAUCUGGAUCUGGGAUGAGCAGCCUGGUUGCGAAUUCUGUGAAUUUGUCUCAGCCGCAGAGCUCCAUUUGUUGCCCAAAGAUGCUUCAAAACGUCCGCAAUAUCUCCAACUUGACUGCGGGAAAAGCUUUUACAGAGAUCACAACAGCUGGGGAUGUUUACCGAACUUAUCUUCGCAUGUCAACAUCGUUUUUGAUACUCCAGAUGGACGGCGGAAAGAUUCCAGAUACGGAUACAGCCACCCCGACUAUAUCGUUUCUUUCAGUGCGUCUACGGACGUGGAGAUGCUAGGUUUCCAACCAUCCCCGUUGCAGGUAAACGAGGUUUCGGCCUGGCUUGACCUCAACAACACAAAACGACACCUGCAAGACUGCUUGCGCCAUCAUGCAUCUUGCGACCAACAGAAAGAAGUAUCAAGUAGCCGACUAAGCCGACUACGAGUGAUCGACUGUUCCACACGAUCAAUCAUCACGCCUUCUAGCAACAGUCCUUACGUUGCAUUGAGUUAUCGAUGGGGUGAAAACCACAGCAGAACUCGGGAAGAACAAACGGACAUACUGCCAGCAAAUCUGCCUGCCACGAUAGAGGAUGCUAUCUCAGUAACUCGGAGCCUCGGCUUCCAAUAUCUAUGGGUCGAUAAAUACUGCGUCUCUCAAACAGAUCAAUCUGAUUUCAAGCGCCAGAUUCGCCAGAUGCAUCUCAUAUAUCGAUCUGCUCAAAUAACAAUAAUAGCAGCUGGAGGUAUGGAUGCCAAUUCUGGGCUUGUAGGAUUUUCAACUCCACGUGCGAGUAUGCAAACAAAAGGUCGAUAUGGGAACCUUAGCCUAACUACAUUCUCUCUUUACCCAUGGUCCCUUGUACUGCACAAUGAAGGAUGGAUUGGUCGUGGAUGGACGUUGCAGGAAGGUUAUUUCUCCCGACGAAGGCUUUUCUUCACCGACAAACAAGUCCUAUUUGAUUGCGAAAGAGGUGUCAUCAGCGAGGAUCUACAGCUGUCCCAAAUUCAGUAUGUUCGCCCAUUACAGAGAGCGAAACCUGGUCUUGUGGAAGAAGAUAUUCAAUCUCUGAUAGAGGAUUACACUAGAAGAGUACUUACUCACUCUGAUGACAUCCUCAAUGCAUUCGAUGGCAUUCUUGCGGAUCUUGAGCAGAAUGAGCCGCCUAUUAGAUCAUACUGGGGCAUAGUCAUGAAAUCGGAUUCAUCUGGAUAUUUGGAUGGACUGCUCAUUGGGUUAUGUUGGUUCCAUCCAGUCCAGAAUGAAAAGAUCUAUCGUCGGCUUGGCUUUCCCAGCUGGUCGUGGGCUGGAUGGUCGUACAAUCCUUGUGUAUAUUACAAACUACGGAGACAGGCAGAUACGAAGCUUGUUAUUGCUCCCAGCCUAGCCAUUCGAGUUGAGAAACAAUGUGGACUUUUCGAGGCUUGGAAGACGUUUGAGGAAGCUAGUCCGGCAUCUACUCAGCGACAUGAUUACUCUCAGCGAAUACAUAUCUCGGCACCCUCCUUGAAGGUCAGGCUUCUCAAGGGCUUCUCUCGUAUGGCCUAUCACGGUAGAGAAAUACGUGGCCAUUGCGGAUGGGUAGUACGAAGUGAGGAAGACGAAGACGAUUAUUGGUCGGAGAGGACCUAUCUUGACACCUCAUUGGAAAAUCUCGAGUCGUCGCCUGACACCUACAAGUCCAAAGAGACCAGAACCUGUCAUGCCAUAUACCUGUUCUCAGCUGACAGAAUGAGAAGUGCCCGCGAUUUUAGUCUUGUGCAUAACAUAUUCUCAAUGCUCCUCGUAUCCAAAGUGGGGACCAACUGGGAGCGAGUUGGUUUAUGGCAGCAAUCAUUCGAGUCAGAUCAAGAAGCCCAAGUCUUUGACCAAUGGCUUAAAAGCUCGCCGACCUACAAGACGAGAGACUUUUGGAUUGCAUAAGCUGUGUAUCGGCUAUUCCAGCGGAACCCAUCAAGAAGUUGGACAUUAUCGGAGAAACGCCUCUUAAAAAAGAGGUAGGGGCGAAACGACAUCGUGUAAUACGGUACCUGUGUCGUGCAUUCAGCUUUCCAUUCAACGUCUUUCGAGAUCUAAGGGGUUAUUCACUAUUGUUGCGCGAUCGAACUUAUAAUGCGGACCUCUCGGGCGACCUUGUUUGCGAGCUAGCAAAUGAAUGAUGCUUAACAUCUACGUGAUACAAAGCUUUUUUGACAUCCACUGACCCGUGGCGUCUUCCCUAGCAUAACCAGAACCCUCAAACAUAACUGUCGGCUCUGGAG